AUGAAGAAAGUAGUGUUGAAGAUGGAUUUACAUGAUGAUAAGAUCAAACGAAAAGCUAUGAAGACAGCAUCAGGCCUUUCAGGGAUUGAAUCAAUUUCUGUCGAAAUGAAAGACAUGAAAAUGGUUUUAUUGGGUGAGAUCGAUCCAGUGAGUGCAGUGUCCAAGCUACGAAAAUGGUGUCAUACAGAUUUAGUUUCGGUUGGACCAGCAAAAGAGGAGAAGAAGGUGGAGCAACCAAAAGCACCUAAAGUAGUGUUAAAGAUGGACUUACAUGAAGAUAAGAUCAAGCGAAAAGCUUUGAAGACAGCAUCUGGUCUUUCUGGGAUUGAAUCGAUAUCUGUUGACAUGAAAGACAUGAAAUUGGUGCUACUGGGUGAGAUUGAUCCAGUGUGUGCAGUGUCCAAGUUACGAAAGUGGUGUCACACAGAAUUAGUUUCAGUUGGACCAGCAAAAGAGGAGAAAGAGAAGGUGGAUCCACCAAAAGUUACUGUUCCUGUUUAUGAAACCUAUCCCCUCUAUUAUCCUUAUCAUAUAACACCACCACCACCACUGUAUUACUAUUAG